AUGAUUAAUAAAAUAACUGAGUAAUCUAACAAUAAUGGUCCUCGCCAAACUAGAAGUCUGACAAAGGCUUCUCCAACAUCUAAACGAAGUAGAGAAAGCGAACUCAUUUAUUUGAGUAAAGUCACUGCCUUCAGUCAGUUGAAAAAUUAUCAAAUUGAUUACAUCUAUAGAUCUAUUAAAAGCGUGGAAUUCACUAGGGGCCACUUAAUUUUCUAAGAAGGAUAGAAAUGCGAUGCUGUGUAUGUGAUCAAAUAAGGUGAAAUAGAAAUAUUUAAAAAGGAACCAAUUAAUCAAUAGAUUGAAUAAUAUUACCAAUUAAAUAAAAAAAAGUUUGUUCAUCAAAUGAUCAAAGUCCUUGGAGAACAAACUGCCUUUGGAGUUGGAGACAUUGUGACUGGAAUCUAUUCAAUUAAUGCUAGAGUGAGUUCUCAUUUUGCAGAAUUAUAUAUGAUUAAAGUACAAGACUAUAAACGAAUACUUGAUAUGGAACCUUAAAUCAAAUUGCUACAAUAGGAAAGCGAAAACAUGGACAACCUUGAAGUCAUACCAAAAUUUUAAUUGCCAUCUCUCUACGAUUCUGUUAAGGCAUCAUAAGCCUAAAAACAAGAGAUUUAAUAUCUAAGGAAAGUAAGGAAAGGCAUCACCUACCUCAUCCCAUAAGCCCAAGGAACAGAUGUAAUGAAGAAUUCUCACAUGGAUUAAAGUCUAGAAGAAAUCUAUAAAAAGUCUGUAAUAUUACAUCAGAAGAUGCUCCCCAAUUAUUAACAAGUUGAUUUAGAAAACCCUUUGAUUUAAGGGUAAGAAAUAAUAAAUGAUAGAUUACUAUUAAAUAAAAUCAUUUAGAAAGAAUAUACUAUAAGAUUUACAAAAGAAUCCCCUCGAACUAAUAAAAUGAUGCAGCAGAGUGUUAUUUCAACAUCCAAUAGUCCAAUGAGCAAGAAACUAUAAUUAAUAUUUCAAAAGGAUAAAAAAGUGAAAUAAAAUUAAACCGUAAAUGAGGUUUCGCAUCGAGAAAAAAUGAAGAUAAUAUAAGAUACAUCCCCACAUUCUAGUUCAUUUCGAUCUGCAAGACUUGAUACGGGUAGAUCGACAUUUCAUGCCACUCCAAUAUUUGAUUAACAUGAUCCAAUUAGACUCAAAUAGUUUAUACCAACAGAGCUCUUCCCUAUUUAUUGCCAUUUAAUCAAACCAGACAAUCAAGAAAUAAGCUGA